GACAGGCUCCAGAGUCGGGGUCUCAACCCCUCUGUGACAAUGACACUGGUCUUUAUGGGUGUUGCCCCUGGCAGGCUGAAUUCUAAAACCCCCAGGCUCCUUUCUGUCCCAGAGUGGAGAGCAGGGAGGGUUGUCAGCCACAGCGGAAAGGCAAGAGCAGAUGAUGGUGAGAGCAUCCACAUCAGGGCUGAAUCCAGAUCCCAGUUGUAACCGGUGGCUGAAGUCAGGCAGGGCGCCCCAGCCCACUGCAAGGGAACCAGGGGAGGGGUGGGGGGCAAGUCCCCGAUGCUGAGAGGGGUGGUCAGGGAGCCGCCCCCAGAAGGGGAAGAGGGGGUUACAGGACUGGGGGUACUCAGCUGCCAUCCCCGCCGCUUCCUGGCCCCCACUCGCUGGCGCCCAAGUGGGAGGACCGCGCUGCCCGCUCCCUCCUCCCCACACCCCCGCUACCUGCCCAGUCCCCGAAGCGAAUCGUGAGAAGGCUGCGAGCCAGCGGGGCCGAGCCCACAAGUUUGCAGCCUCGGAGAGGGCGAGAGCCGGCGUCCAGGGCUCCUCUUAUCGGCGACCGGAGCUCGGAAUGUAAUCAAAGAUGCUGGCGCUGAGGCUGCUCAACGUGGUGGCCCCCGCCUAUUUCCUGUGCAUCUCCCUGGUGACCUUCGCGCUCCAGCUCUUCCUCUUCCUGCCCAGCAUGCGCGAGGACCCGGCGGCCGCGCGGCUCUGCUCGCCAGCGCUCCUCCACGGGGCACUCUUCCUGUUCCUCUCGACCAACGCCCUGGGCAACUACGUCCUGGUCAUCCAGAACUCGCCCGACGACCUGGACGCCUGCCAGGGGGCCUCGGCCAGGAAGGCUCUGUCCGCCCCGCCCAGCACCCACUUCUGCCGAGUGUGUGCCAGAGUCACCCUGAGGCACGACCACCACUGUUUCUUCACCGGCAACUGCAUUGGCAGCAGGAACAUGCGCAACUUCGUCCUGUUCUGCCUCUACACCUCCCUGGCCUGCCUCUACUCCAUGGUGGCGGGCGUGGCCUACAUCUCGGCAGUCCUUUCCAUCUCCUUCGCGCACCCACUGGCCUUCCUCACGCUCCUUCCCACCUCCAUCAGCCAGUUCUUCUCUGGAGCUGUCCUCGGUUCUGAAAUGUUCGUCAUCCUCAUGCUCUACCUCUGGUUUGCCGUCGGCCUGGCCUGCGCCGGCUUCUGCUGCCAUCAGCUGCUGUUGAUCCUCCGGGGGCAGACCCGCCACCAGGUGCGGAAGGGGGUAGCGGUGAGGGCCGGGCCCUGGCGCAAGAACUUGCAGGAGGUGUUCGGGAAGCGGUGGCUGCUGGGCCUGCUGGUCCCCAUGUUCAACGUCGGAGGUGAGAGCUCCAAGCCGCGGGACAAGUAG